GAACAUAUGACACGUUAUUAUAAACAAAAUUUUUUUCUAAACCAACAAACAAAACAACUUUCUUUUCAAUAAUAAAAGAAAUACAUAUAAUCUACACAUUAAACUAAAGGAGUAACGUUAAAAAACUUCUUAAAAUGGGUGCAGAUAACAAAUCGAAUCUUAAAAAGUGUGGUGAAAUACUUAUAAACUUAAAAAAGAAAAAUAAAAAAUCGAAAACCUAUACUUUUCAUUGUACAUUUUGUGAGACAUCAUGGGAUCAAAUGAAAAAAUUUUCCAUGCAUCUGGAAGAGUUACAUUUAGAACACUUCGAAGAGGAAUCCAACGAGUUACCCAUGAUAUAUGAACCAGAAAUUAAAAUUGAAACACCUAUUGAAAGUAAAAUACCAGAAAUUGAAGAUAAAACAUUGCUGGCAGAAAUUGUCAAAGAAGAUCCCUUAGAAACAGAAGCUGCAAGUAUUAGCAGGACAUCAGAUAAUAAUGAAUACUCUGGGGUACAGGUUAAAGACGAAGAGGUGGGGGAUUGUGAUGAUAAUGCAACGAAUAUUAAAAUGGAGGAUAUGUUUGAUAAUGAUUCGGAUGACAAUGAUGAGGAUUACAAACCAUUUAAGGAUGAUGACAGUUCAUCAUCAUGCGAGGAAAGAGUCGAUGAAUCUAAUGAUAAUGAUUCUGAGUCCAAAGAAGAGCCCAAAAAGUUAAGAAAACGUCGUAAAAUAAAACUCAAACUUAAACGCCACAAAUCAAAUAGAAUCUUACCCGAAUUGGCUGAAGACUCUGAGGAAAAAGAUUUGAAUAUCGCUUUAUUGCAAGCUUUUGAGAAAAAACCUUAUCUGUGGGAUCUAAAAGAAAAAUCGAAAGAUGAAGCUAAAUGCCAGAAAGGUUACGAAGAAAUAACAAAUGAAAUUAACGAACAAUUAUCUACAAAUAUUACUUGGGAAUUUGCCAAAAAUCGCAUAAACAAUAUGCGUUUUGAGUAUUCCUAUCAAAUUGAAAAACAGCAUAAUGGUGAAGACUUUAAAUUGCCCUGGUAUAUUGAUCAUAUAAAAUAUUUGCAACAAAAUAUUCAAUCUUUAACAAAAGACAGGAUAAAAAAGAAACGUUUUAAAAACAUUAAGGAAGCACAUUUACCGGUUAUUAUAGAGCUUUACAAAAAAUACGAAGACUUGUGGCAGGUUAAUAGUGUAUUUUUUGGUAUCACCUCAAGACGAGAUGAAAUAUUUACCAAGAUGCAAGAAGAGCUGAAAUUAAAUUGGAAUAUUGAUUUAACAUUUGAGCGCUUAAGAAAUCACAUACAAUUCAUUAACCGUUUGUACUCCAAAGAUAAGGAACAACAAUUAAAAUGCGAACUGGAGAAAUCAGAGUUUACAGCCAACUCCAAAUACUACAAUGAUCUGACAUUUCUUAGCGAUUGCCAGGGACCAUUUAUGUGUCCUCAUUGUAAUGAAAUUAUCAAAAAAUAUGAAAACUAUCAUAUACAUGUGUCAGAGCAUACUAAUACUAGACCAUUUAAAUGCCCCUUAUGUGAAUUGCCUUUCAAAAAGUUUGAUACUUGUGUAUCGCAUGUUAAGCGUCACCUCAGCGAGAAUAGUUUUCGUUGUGAUUUAUGUGGUAAAGGUUAUCCUAAAAAAUCAGAAUUGGAUCGACAUUUAAUUUAUCAUACAGGUGAAAAACCAUUUCUUUGUCAAAUUUGUGGUGCUGGUUUUCGUACCAGUCGUGAUCAUGACAACCAUAUUCGUCGGCAUGAGAAUCGUUUUCGCUACGAAUGUCACAUUUGUAAAAUGGGCUUUAAUCACUUACAUACGCUAAACGAUCACGUUAAAUCACAUCUUAAUGUGCGUGAUAUUUUAUGUAAUAUAUGCGGUAAAGGAUUCACCGCAACGAGAUAUCUAAAUAAUCACAAAUUAAUACAUGAAGACAAAAAACAUUAUAAAUGUCACUUUUGUGGAAAAGAGUUUGCCCAAGGUGCUGGAUUGCGGGCACAUCGUAAACUUCACAAGGGUUAUAUACCAGCACCAGCUGUUGCUGUUCAGGCGAAGAGGGUGAAAAAAGAGACUAUUUUGGAAUAAAAUAAAAAUUAAAUAUAUGUUUCCAAACGUAUGAAAUAUUGAAUGUUUAUGGACGGUAUUUAAUAUUUCACGCUCAUAUAAAGGGUGGUCCAAAUAUAAGUUUCCUUAUAAAGAAUUAAAUAAAACACACUUAACUAAAUUAUAACAUUUUUUGAAGAACAAAUAUGGAAUACUAUUUCCUUCAUGUGGCUGCUCAGACAAGGUGAGAACUGUGAGUGUUUUGUCACUUCAAUUUUCCAUUUUAUUGUUGGUGGUUUAGGGUUCUGGUUUGCGAAUGGAUAAAAAGCCAUUAAGUACACACACAAUGAUGAAGUUUUGCACUGUAACGUGAGUUUUGGUCGAUGCUUUGUAUCUUCUUUAAAAACUUCCCAGCACUGACUUGGAAAUAAUAUUGCAAUAUUAUUCAACAUUGACCAAAAUUUUCUUUUUUUUCUGGUAAUAAAUUAAAAUUUUAAAGCUUAAUUUUAAAAUAUACUUUGAAUUGCACCACCCUUUAUACUUUUAGAAAAAAUCUUAUAUUUCACUUUUAUGUGUAACUAUUACAUAAAAGAUUUUUUUGCUAUUUCUAUAAAACAAAAUAUGGUUCAUAUCGGUCUAGAUAUUUUAAGGCGCAUUUAUACAGAUAUGAGCCAACAUUACGAUUCAAUUACACAGGCCAACAAAUGAAACCAAAUGAUGACAUAAUAGAUUUUAUUAACAAAAAAAAUUGUCAAAAACUACACGAUAUCUUAAAAACCAGAAGUGAUAGAGACAUCAGAAUCGGAUUCAGCACUCCCGAAUGCUUUAGAAAUGUAUACUUUGGUCUUUGAAAUUCGACAUUUUUCAAGUUUUGUUGGUCAAUGUUAUUUUUAAUUAUGAAUGUAUGUAAUGAAUUUUUUUAAAAAGAUUUAAAUAUAAAAUUAUGUUUAAUAUAAUUGCAAAUAAAGAAUCUGUUUCAAAGUAAAAUACAACAUUUUCUAUCGGAGUUUGAAUCAGACAAUUUAAAGUUUAAAUUUUAUUGUAGUGUAAAUC